AUGGCGCCCAGCUACGGAUAUCCGGAACCCGGUUUCCCGGUUGAAACCGUCCCGGAUGAACCGGAAAAAGUUGGUUCAUCAGAGAUGGCGAUGUGGUACACUCUUGUGUUGAUAUUGAUUAUCGUCAUUUGGCUAGUGAUGUACUUUUCUUUGCGCCUGCUGACCUUACGACAGAAGACGCGCAAUCCGCAGCAGAGGCGGGGGUACAUGGGCUCUCGUUCCCAGACAUCUCUCCCGGCUUCAGAGCCCACUGUCUACGUAAGCCCUGCCAAUUUGCCCCCACCGCCCAAGUAUGAGGCGAUGGCUCCACCAAGCUACGAAGAAGUGGUCGGUAUCCACUACCCAGCGUACCAACCACCCCCGCAGCCUAUCAGCCAGCCAAUCACAAACGCUCUAGCUACUCAGAACAAUACGAGUAAUGUAACGAGUAGUACGAGUAACGAUACUAGGGACGUUACGAAUACCACAUCAAGUAACGUUACAAAUAACGUCACUCCUGCUGAAACGACGACAGUAACGACCAUUGACGAGAGAAGACCCGUAGCAUCUACCGCGUGA